ACAAGCAUUUCGCAGUAGAAGAAGACUGAAGACUACUGCGCAUGCGCAUAUCCAAUUGCACAGAAGCAUGAGCCUGUUCUUAAAAGUGUUGUUUACAUUUUCACUCAUUUGAAUUUCAGUAAUUACAUGAAAUGCCACCAAAAGGCAAAGGUACCAAGGGAGCGAAAGGAGGUGCAUCAGGAAGUGCAGAAGCUGACAAGAAGGAGAAGGCACCGAAAGGAGGCACUGCAGUAAAGGUUCGCCACAUCCUCUGCGAAAAACAUGGGAAAUGCAUGGAAGCAAUGGAGAAACUGAAGGCAGGAGUUCGUUUUAGCGAAGUGGCAUCACAAUACAGUGAAGACAAAGCGAGACAAGGAGGUGAUCUGGGAUGGAUGACGCGAGGAUCCAUGGUUGGACCUUUUCAAGAGGCUGCUUUCAACUUGGCCGUCUCUUCCAUGGAUAAGCCUGUUUACACAGACCCCCCUGUCAAGACCAAAUUUGGUUAUCACAUCAUUAUGGUGGAGGGGAAAAAGUAAUAAAAUUGACAUGUUCUAUUUUACACUGUGCUCUAUUGUGGAAGUGAUUGUUCCCAGUUAUACUUCCUUGAAGUGCAAAAAAGGAAAAUGUUUACUUUGUCUUAGUAACUUGAACACUUUCUUACGAUUUCUUCACUAAUUCAGAGACAAAACGGAUUAAAUAGUUGUUGGAGCCCAUUGAAGGGAAAAAAAACUGCCUGAUGGAAAGUACUUAUUAAAAUUGAAGGGUUGUAACUUUUACAUUGUAAGUUGUUGAGAAGUUGCACUAAUUUUCUGGCCAUGAAAUAAUAUAACAUGAGUAUAUUAUGAAAUGUCCUUUUCACAGUAAAGCUGAAAAUAUGAUGUUUCAUACAAAAGUUUGUGCUCUUUGACUAUGCCUUAACUUUUUAACGCUACCUGAUACACAUGUGAAAGGCAUUAUUUAAGGUAAACUUUUGAUGCUUGCUAUUCUUUAUACUGACCUAUUGAACAUUUACACAGGGGUGAAAGUGGGCCAGAACGGUCAGGAACGCAGUUCCGGUAUAAGAUUCCGGGCUAGAACGCAGUUCCGGUAUAAGAUUCAGGGCCGGAGUGCUGUUCCAGUAUAAGA